CGCACACGUUCGCGAGGAUAUUUCUCGUAACGUUGCCAAUUUUAAAAUUAUAAGUUUACUAACAGGCCUAAUUUAAUGCCGAAUGGACCGAGGGCACGCAAAAUUGACGGCCUUAAAACAAGGCAGAGUAGAGGUCCGACUUGCCACAUCAGACCUUUACUCUGCGUGAGUUUUUUUCUAACGUACAACUUGGGGGAAUUGUAGGAAAAAAGGGGUAGUGGUGACGAGAAGAGAAAACUGUAAGGAAAAAGCGACAAGACGGAGGAACGAGCCAGGAUAGACACGAAGGAAAAAAGGGUGAAGAUCUCGAAAACAAAAAAAAAGAUGAUACACGAUCAUGCAAACUAAAACCUUGGGUUUGAGUAAAUAAUCAUCCGUAGCCGCUAAUUGCCAAUUAUUGUGCUCGAUAUGCAAUUAGCAAAAAUAAACAUCCUUUUCGGGAACGAUUAACAAUUACUGUUUACAUUUCGUGAUGAUGGUAAUUACACACGCGAGUAAAGUGUGCGUUAUAAAGAGCACGGCGGUACAUUUCUCCCGUAAAACCAUGAAGACCGCCGUGCUCCUUCUGACCUGCGUUACAGUGGCGGUACGCGGUUUGGAUUUGCCCUUUCAAAAAUGCGAGCGAUCGACUCCGAACCUCAACGAGUGCAUGAAGUCGGCGAUUCAAGACGCACUGCCGAUUCUGAAGAGGGGUUUGCCUGAAUUUCAAUUCGAAAGCAUCGAGCCGAUUAGGAUUGAGAGUCUGACGAUUGGCGAGGGAAAGGGCGCAGUCCACGUUGUGCAGAAUUACAAAAACGUGGAGAUACACAACGUGCAAACCGCCAAGGUCGAACGUGUCGACGCGGUAAUCACGGAUGACGAGUUCAAGGUGGUGGCCGACCUAACCAUAAAAGACGUACACAUGAACGCCCAGUACAGCCUGAACGGCAAUAUACUCAUGCUCCCCAUAAACGGCGAAGGAGACUGCGCCGUGGAUCUAGAGGACCUGAAGGCUACGUUUACAAUGAUCGGCGAAAUGUUCGAGAAGGACGGCAAAAAGUACAUGGAGUUGAAGACGUUCAACGUCUCGCUGGUGCCGGGCCUGGUGGAGUUCAACUUUGAAAACCUCUUCAGUGGGGAGAGACAGUUAGGGGAUGAGAUGAAUAAGCUGCUCAACGAGAAUUGGAGGAAGAUCUAUUUGGAUGUCAGGGCCGCUUACGAAGAGGCCCUUGGGGCAGUCUUUAAAAGUAUAGCCAACCUAAUUUUUAAAAAAAUUCCCUACGACGAAAUGUUUUAAGUUGGCUUAGGUACAAUAGGCAGUGUAGUACUAUUUGAAAUAGAAUUCAUUCAAUACC